AUGGACUAUGAAAUGAUGCUUUUGGAUGAACUGGAACUCACCAAACCGCACAAAACUGUCGACUGUCCAGAACUUCAGCAGUUUAAUUUCUACAAACUAGCUUUCACUCUAUUUUGCGGAGCACCACUUGCGAGUUUUGGAAUCUACGCAAACUUUUUGCUGAUUAAAAUUUUCUGCAACAAAGAAGCGCUGUCAUCUUGGAAGCUUUAUCUAUUCGUGUUGGCAAUAGCGGAUCUCACCAGUUGCGCUUGCUAUAUCAUGUUUCGAACAAUUUUCUUUGUUGGAUACUAUUUCCGAAUCUACUUCUUUUACUCUUUAUGGCACAACACCGUUCGUUUAACGGAACCGCUUGAUUUAUAUGCAAGAACCAUAGUCCGACAUAUGAUUCUUUUAUUUGUUAUCGAACACGUGAUUCAACUCUUCAAACGCGAGCGAUCGAGUGGAAUAUGCAGUACGAAGCUACGCCUUUAUGCAAUCGGUGGAGUGCUGCUUGUGGACUUUCUCCCAAAGAUUCCAAUGCUUUUUUCGUUAUACAUUGUCAACGAGCCAAGCUGCCCACCAUUUCAGAACUACCGUGUUGUAAUUCCACCGUUUUAUGACGAUUACGCUCCCUAUCAUGCUUAUCUCAAUUGGUUGUUACCGAUGCAGCUUGGGUGGUUUAUCGGUGCUGGUCUUCAGAUCCUCAUUGUUGGGUCGACUUCAAGAUUUCUCGCGAACAGAAUCUCGUCCAACAUAGACGAGAAAAACUCGAUCGGUUUACCGAAAACUCUACUCGGAUUGCACCUCUUGAUUAACUUCUUCACAAUACUCAUUUUGCUGAUCCAAAUCUUUUUCCCCAGCGCCUUCAUAGUGAUGGUGUAUGAUGAGGAUUCUGUGAAUACAAACCUUUUCGCUUUCACUCUUGAAUUUCACGAAUUCAUCUUCAUGUUUGAUCCGGCGAUACGAAUUUUUGUAUACUAUUGUUUUUCGGCCACAAUUCGACGUCAAAUUGACAGGAUAGCAUUAUUCAUGAGCUAUUUCAAUCGAUAUCUACCCGAUCCGACAGUUAAAGAUUUUCAAGGCUUCGGACAAGAAGAAAUUCAAGUCAUACCACGUCAA